CAAACUUGAAUUCUCUAAACCUAAAUUCUUAUUUAUUUUAUUAAAUAGCUGCUUUUUUUGGUAGCCGCCGCGCCUCCUCGCACCGUAUCCCGUAGCUUCGUCGUCCCUCCUCUUUCAGGAAGAGUUCUUGCUAAUUUAUAGUGCCUGAAUUGGUUGCUUCCACCGUAUAACUUUCACAUUAAAUUAGAGCGGACAACAUGGCCGGCAGAGAGAUGGUGAGGAAGGCGGAGCAGUUGGUGAAAGAAGCAAUGAGAGGUAACGAUGCAUCACAUGACGCCUGGCAUGUGUGGAGGGUUAGGGAUCUUGCGCUUUCUCUUGCCCACGAGGAAGGCCUCUCCUCCAACCCUGAUUCUAUGGAAAUUGUGGAGCUUUCUGCACUUCUCCAUGAUAUAGGUGAUUACAAAUAUGUGAGAGAUCCAUCUGAGGAGAAAGUUGUUGAGAAUUUUCUAGAAGAAGUGCAAAUCGAGGAAAGCAAGAAGAUGAAGAUAUUGAAGAUUAUAAAAGGAAUGGGUUUUAAAGAUGAGCUUGAUGGGCUGUCAAACAAUGAAUUAUACCCAGAAUUUGGAGUUGUACAAGAUGCUGAUCGUCUUGAUGCAAUUGGUGCUAUAGGAAUUGCUCGCUGCUUCACUUUUGGUGGAAACAGAAAUAGGGUGCUUCAUGAUCCUGCUAUUCAUCCCCGAUCAGACUUAUCCAAGGAACAAUACAUGAAAAAGGAGGAGCAGACUACUGUGAAUCAUUUCCAUGAGAAGCUUCUCAAGUUGAAGGAUUUGAUGAAAACAAAGGCUGGCCAAAGGAGGGCUGAGAGUAGGCAUAAGUUCAUGGAGGACUUUCUGAAAGAGUUUUAUGAAGAAUGGGGUGGGAGAGCUUGAAUAAGGUAAUUAUCCAUUUUGAAUAUUGACUUUCUCUAUAUUAUAGCUUGAUUAAGGUAAUUUUCCUCUCCUUACAUGUCUCAUCUAAUUUUGAAAGAUACAAUAUUGAGAGCAGAUGUGCAAUAAUGUUUCGUUUCUAAUUGUCUUUUUUUAAGACAUUUAUAUUGCUGAGUUGGUUCUUGUUUCCCAAUUAGCCAGCCACCUUCAAGCUGCUGGGGGUUUUUUGGGGUAAAUUUGUUUCCAUUUUGCUUUGCUGAUCUUUUCUGUACUAAAGACGGAUAGAGAAA